CCCACCAUUAUUCAGUAUAAAGAAAGCACCAGAACGAUGCAGUCAAGAAGAUAAGCUAAGUGUCCUUUUCUAUUUAUUACCUCAGGCCAGCUCAGAUGAAGUCUGAGGCCGGUAACAUCAACAGUGAGGACAAACCCAGUCUGCCUCUCUCCUUCCACACUGAGUCCAAACCUACAGUCACCCAGUCCUGAUUGUGACAGUGGAGCCCAGUUUUCUCUGCAGGAUCCAGAGAUGGCAUCAGUGAAGCUGGAAGACUGCAGUCAAACACUGGAGCUGAAUGUCAACAUUAAAGAUGAAGAAGAGGAGGAGGAGAUUGGGACAUUUGUUUCUCAUGGCCGACUCAGAUCAAGUCUGAGGCCAGUAAUAUCAGCAGUGAGGACAGACGCAACCUGCCUCUCUCCUUCCACACUGAGUCCAAACCUACAGUUACUGGGUCCUGAUUGUGACAGUGGAGCCCAGUUUUUACUGCAGGAUCCAGAGAUGACAUCAGUGAAGCUGGAAGACUGCAGUCAAACACUGGAGCUGAAUGCCAACAUUAAAGAUGAAGAAGAGGAGGAGAAGAUUGGGACAUCUGUUUCUCAUGGCCGACUCAGAUCAAGUCUGAGGCCAGUAAUAUCAGCAGUGAGGACAGACGCAGCCUGCCUCUCUCUUUCCACACUGAGUAGAAACCUACAGUCACUGGGUCCUGAUUGUGACAGUGGAGCCCAGUUUGCACUGCAGGAUCCAGAGAUGACAUCAGUGAAGCUGGAAGACUGCAGUCAAACACUGGAGCUGAAUGCCAACAUUAAAGAUGAAGUGGAGGAGAAGAUUGGGACAUCUGUUUCUCAUGGAGUCCAUGUUGAGACAUUCUCUACAUCUAUAGAGCAACAUGAGCAGGAAGAUCACAGAGCUAAGAGGUCUCACCACUGCCCACAUUGUGAGGAGAUUUUCCCAAUUCUAUCAAAGUUCAAAAUACACCUAAGAAUACACAAAGGAGGGAAUCUGUAUUUCUGCACUGACUGUGGGAAGAAUUUCACAACAUCAAAGGCUAUGACAGUUCACCAGAGAGUACACACAGGAGAGAAGCCUUACUCCUGCUCUGACUGUGGAAAUAGACGGGGCGACCUAAAAACACAUGAACGUAUACAUACAGGAGAGAAGCCUUACUCCUGCUCUAAUUGUGUAAAAUGCUUCACCACAUCAGGUGAGCUAAAAAUUCACCAGAGAACACACACAGGAGAGAAGCCAUAUGCUCUGACUGACAGUUCUCUCAACUGA